GUUUGCAUUGAUUGUUAAAAUAUGAAAGUCAAUGUAUUUAAGGAAUUGUGUUAAUAAGGAAUGGAUUUAUAAAACAAUUAAUUAUUUGUUUAUUUGUUAAUCAAUUUUUGUCAUCAAUAGCUCAUCAGUGAGCUAUUGAUAUGCCCUCUAAUAAACAAUUGUUAAAUUAGUCAAAAAAUUUGGCGCAAAAACACAAUUUAGUCACAACUAAGACAACCACCGGAUCAACACAAUUGGGAACGAAAUCAACGAUUAGACAUCAGUGGACACAUUGACGACAACAAUGGCUUCAAAUAAGUCACGUUAUUGAUGUCCAUUUUGGUUGAUAUUAGUAUUUUCUAUUCUUUAUAUUAAAAUUAAUUCAUUCCUUAAAUACAUUGUUUAACAUAGUUGCUAUAAAUUGAAUGUUUAAUUAAAUGAAUAAUUAAUAAAAAGUGUAACAAUUGGUGACAAUUAAGUUAUAAUAAUAAGCAAUAAAUAAUUGUAAUUAAAGUUACAAUCAAUUUGAUGCCAUAAGUCAUGCGACUAACUGUCCGACUAUUAGCCAGUUAUUCAAAACUACCGAAGCGUUUCUCUAAUUUUCCCGAAAGAUAUGUCAAAAAGCAGACAGAGUUUAUAGAGUGGCGGACACCGCGACUAAUAAACUAUAAUCCGAGGACAGUUCGGUGGCGGAAACGUGCCUAUUAUGAUAUGUCGAGGCCGUGGACCGAUGAGUUUCAGCAAUUGAAUGCACCAAAUGUGGACAUUCCCACCAUUUUUGUUGAACCCAUCAAAAAGUUUUAUAUAUUCAGAGGAGAUAGGGUUGAGAUAUUGGUCGGUAAAGAUAAGGGCAAACACGGAAUUGUCAACUAUGUGGUCAAUGAACGCAAUUGGGUUUGUGUCGAGGGUUUAAAUCUUAAGUUUGAAUACCAGAGUAGAGAUGAUAAUUACUACGGAGCACUUCUUUCCAUUGAACAACCAUUACUUGUUCCCAGAGAUGUAGCUCUUGUAGACCCGUCUGACCACAAACCGACUAAAAUUGAAUGGCGUUUUGAUGAAGAGGGCAAUGAAGUUCGUGUCUCAACCCGUACGGGACGUAUUAUACCGAUUCCCGGGUUGGCCGAAGAAACUCGGGAUUACAAAACACCGACCACUUAUCUAGAACAGGACAAAGACACCCGACCCGACCAACUGAAGAAAACUACUUUUGUUCCCAAAGUAAAGACAUUUGAAAUGGAUAUUAUGGACGAUAUGGCCAUCGAAGACGAUAGAGUUCCAUAUCCUAUGUUUUGGUAUUAGUUUUACACAUAAAGUCAUUGUAUUUGUAGUCAUUAAUUAUGGUAAUAAAUAUUCAAAAU